AUGGAAAUCCAUCAAAUACGCAACCGCAGGCCAUUCUUAGAUCAAGAAGGACCACCCGUACCACCAAAACCAUAUGCUUCGAAUACGCCUUCAACAACGCAUGACCGACUCGCAGCUGUAACAUCGACUCCAGGGAAUGCGAUAUCAAAGCCACUUCCACCGGUUCCCGGGUCAAGAUUAAGUCGCGGUGCGGGAAGCAAAGUAGUAUCGAAGCCUCUGCCGAGUCCCCCAAAGAGCUCGACUGUACAGUCGACGUUUCUAUGGAUCUUAGGGUUUGCGGUUUGGUUUCUGCUAAUCGUGAUCUUGCUACCUGUGAUCACGGAGAAAGAUGCAAUGCCAGGAUUCAAUCGGUGGCUUCGAAACCGAUUCACAUGA